AUCCUUUUUCUGUUUUUCAGUUGUUGCAGAUGGGAAGAUAAAUCUGCUUCCUGUUAUUCCAUCUUGGCCAGAAGCAAAUGUAUCAAAACCAGAGGUUUUGAAUGAAGCUCUGUGGCCGUCACGAUGUUCUGGAAGUUUGACUUGAAUACCACGUCCCAUGUCGACAAGCUGCUGGACAGGGAGCAGGUGACGCUGCAGGAGCUGAUGGAUGAAGACGACAUCCUGCAGGAAUGUAAGGCUCAGAACAGGAAGCUUCUGGACUUCCUGUGCAGGCCGCAGUGUAUGGAGGAGCUGGUGAGCCUCAUCACGCAGGACCCACCUCUGGACAUGGAAGAGAAGGUCCGCUUCAAAUACCCCAACACAGCCUGUGAGCUUCUGACUUGUGAUGUGCCACAGAUCAGCGACAGGCUAGGCGAGGACGAGAGUCUGCUGAGCCUUCUGUACGACUUCCUGGACCAGGAGCCGCCACUCAACCCUCUGCUGGCCAGUUUUUUCAGCAAGACCAUUGGCAACCUCAUUGCAAGGAAAACUGAACAGGUGAUUGCAUUCUUGAAGAAGAAGGACAAGUUCAUAAGCCUGGUGCUGAAGCACAUGGGCACCUCGGCCCUCAUGGACCUGCUGCUACGCCUGGUCAGCUGUGUGGAGCCAGCUGGGCUCCGCCAGGAGGUCCUACAUUGGCUUAAUGAAGAAAAAAUCAUCCAGAGACUUGUAGAACUGAUCCAUCCGCAUCAGGAUGAAGACAGGCAGUCAAAUGCUUCUCAGGCACUCUGUGACAUUGUCAGGCUGGGCAGAGACCAGAGCAGUCAGCUACCAGAGGCUCUGGAACCAGAUCCCCUCCUCACAACAUUGGAAUCGCAGGACUGUGUGGAGCAGCUGCUGAAGAACAUGUUUGAUGGAGAGCAGACGGAGAGCUGCCUGGUCAGUGGGACACAGGUGCUGCUCGCCCUGUUGGAGCCCAGGCGGGCAGGGACAGAGGGCUUGGUGGACUCCUUUUCUCAGGGACUGGAAAGGCCACAUGCUGUCAGCAGCAGUGUCCUGCAUGGCAUCGAGCCUCGCCUGAAGGACUUCCACCAGCUGCUGCUCCACCCGCCAAAGAAGAAGGCGAUCCUAACCACUGUCGGCGUCCUGGAGGAGCCCCUGGGCAGUGCCCGCCUGCAUGGGGCACGCCUUGUGGCCGCUCUGCUGCACGCCGACACGCCCAGCAUCCACCAGGAGCUCUGCCGGCUCAGCACCAUGGACCUGCUGUUGGACUUGUUUUUUAAGUACACCUGGAAUAACUUUUUGCACUUCCAAGUGGAGCUAUGCAUAGCUGCUAUUCUCUCCCACGCUGCCCCGGAGGAGAGGGCAGAAGCCCAAGGAUCCCAGAGCAGGGUGGAGCCACCCCAGGGGAGCGGGAACGGGAACAGGAGCCUGGAGACCCACCAGCCCAUCGCCAAACUCCCUGAGAACACAAUGGUGACCCAUCUGUUCCAGAAGUGCUGCCUGGUGCAGAGGAUCCUGGAGGCCUGGGAAGCCAAUGACCAUGCACAGGCAGCAGGUGGCAUGAGGCGUGGGAACAUGGGCCACCUCACGCGAAUCGCCAAUGCAGUGGUGCAGAACCUGGAGCGGGGGCCUGUGCAGACCCACAUCAGUGAGGUCAUCCGAGGGCUCCCUGCAGAUUGCCGUGGACGCUGGGAAAGCUUUGUAGAGGAGACGCUGACGGAGACCAACCGCAGGAACACCGUGGACCUGGUGAGCGCUCACCACCUUCACUCCUCGAGUGAGGACGAGGACGUUGAGGGUGCUUUCCCUAACGAGCUGUCCCUUCAGCAGGCCUUCUCCGAGUACCAGAUCCAACAGAUGACCGCCAACUUCGUGGAUCAGUUUGGCUUCAAUGAUGAGGAGUUUGCAGACCAGGAUGACAACAUCAACGCCCCAUUUGACAGGAUUGCAGAGAUCAACUUCAGCAUUGAUGCCGACGAGGACAGCCCCAGCGCAGCUCUGUUUGAAGCCUGCUGUAGUGACCGCAUCCAGCCUUUUGAUGACGAUGAGGAGGAGGACAUCUGGGAGGAUGAGGAGACUCGCUGCACUGCCCAGGUGGUGUCCAGAGCCAGGUUUGGGGCCCCCCACACCUCAGAACACUGCUCAAAGAACGCCCUGGAGCGUGGAGGCCAGGACAGAAAGGCGGGCUCCGAGGCAGACAGGACGGCGCCUAGGGCAGGCAUCCUCCUGCCCCCCGCGCAGAACGGAGGUCCCCCGUCGGAGAGCGCCUCAGAAGCAGGUGCUGCAUGGACAGCAGUGUUUGAUGAGCCAGGGAACCCGACGACCCCAGCCCCCAGAGCUGUGAAGGACGUGGGUUCCAGUGUGUGGGCAGCCAGCACCUCCACUCCAGAGGAGAAGGGCUGGGCCAAGUUCACCGACUUCCAGCCUUUCUGCUGCUCCGAGUCAGGGCCCAGGUGCAGCAGUCCUGUGGAUGUGGACCAUAGCCAUGUGGAGGCAGGCCAGAGCCCAGACCCAGGGACAUCCUCUGGUCCUGCCUCCCCUUGUGCCUGGAACGUGUGUGUCACCGGGAAGGCCCCCCUGGUGACCUCCGAUGGUGAGGACGAGCAGAAGGUGGCUGGCACCAUGGGAACUGUGAGCACAGGCCCAGGCCGAGAGGGAUUCCUGCCACCCAGGACAGAGGCAGCUGCUGUUGGCAGAGCCAAGUGUGCCGACAGCACACCGCUGGGGCCUGCCAGCCUCGAGCCCUCAGAAGCAACCUCCACCCCAACUGUGGCCACACCUCCCAAGGCCACUGUGGCGGCCACAGUACUCGACAAAGCAAGUCCUCCCAUGGCUGCUCCAGUGGUCUCUCCUGCAGUGGCUGUGUCAGUGCCCCCAGGGCCCACCAUGGUGGUCCCCACAGCAGCCCCAGCCACAGUGGCCACCAUGGCGACAGCAACAAAAGACAGGAAGACUGACGCCCCACCAGAAGGAGCUGCCUUAAAUGGUCCUGUGUAACGCUGCUGCCACUGGUCGUGGUUCACCCUGGUCAGGCUGCAUCCUUAAUCAAGAAAACUACCUGGUGAUGCAAUUUGUUCUCCUUUUUUUUUUUAAUUUAAUUUAAUUUAAUUUUAAAAUAAAUGCUGCACUGGUAAAGCUGGCAGUUGGAACCAGUCGGACAACCCAGCUGGUGUCUCUCCUGCCUGACCCAGAGUCUCUCAGGCCCUGCUGGAGGACAGGACACACUGGCCAUCCCCCAGGUCCAGGCCCCAGCACAGCAAUAAGGUCUCAGACAUGAUCGCUGCCUGCAGGAGCUGGGGUUGGGGGCAAGACCCUGACGUGCCACAAGGACUUGGAAGGGCAGGAGGGGUGGACGCCAAGGCUCUUUUCACCGAACCUUUUUAACGCAUGCAGGAAGAGUGGAGUUUUUUUGCACUUUGUAUCCAGCUCCGACACAGGGUCUCUCCUGGCUCAGGGCAGAGGUGAGGGCCUGAGCUGGGAAGGCCUGACCUCACAAACGUGGGUCAGGUUCCAAGACUGCUGCUGCCUGAUGGCCCUAGGAGCUGGCAUCAGGCAUCUAACCAGGCUACAACUUUUGACUGCCUUAAAAAAAAAAAAAAAAAAAAAAAAAAGACCCUCUGGGCCUGGUGGGGUUGUCCCCUGGGGCCAGCAGGGCAGGCCAGCACCCUGGGGGUGGGGGGUGGGCGGUGCCUGGCAAGAACUGACCUCAGGCAUGUAGAAUGGGCACAGCAGGGUGUGAGGGCUUGGUGAGUGGACUGCACUGUUGUCCUGGAGGGUUCUGAAAGGUUAUUUUACAUUGAAUUAUUUUUUAAUGUUCUGAUCAUCUGACAGGGCACCCCAAGCCCCUGACCCCAAUAAAAGUCAUGUCAUUCUUACUGACA